AACCUCCAAAUAAAUUAUUAUUCACUUUAGAUUUGUCUUAAGACAAAUGUUUCUAAAUUUGACCAAGUUUAUGAAAAAACACAAUAAUAUCCAGAAUACCAAAUAAAUGCACUAUCGAAACAUAUUUCAUGGAAAACUAGAUCCUGUAUUGCUGCGAUAAUACAAUUUGCUCCAGUGGCCUUACUAUAGGCUCAGGAAAAAACCCAGCAGAUUGACCCACUAGUUUGGAUGUUGUGGUCUCUUGAACUUUCCUUUUUUUUGUUUGACAAAACAGCAGGGGAGUUCUCAGAUUUUUCUCUCUUUUUUAUAUAUAUAAGAAAAAAGAUAUUUACGGUUACAAAGAAGAGACCUUAAAGAAGAGUUUCAUAACUACUCGGCCAAUUAACUAACAGCAGUUUUAUCUUUGGUUUUGCCCAAAGCACAACCAAUUCCCUCCUCUUUAAAGCAUUUCUUCCCCCAAGUGAGAGAGUGGUCUCUUAAACUUUGAGACCAUAAGCUUAUUUCCGGAUCGUAAGAAGCUAUCUGGGCUGAUUAAUGGAGUCUCUAUCUGGCUAAGCUACCUGCAACAAAUUCUCAACAAACAUUAGUCAAUCAAGUCAAGGAGAACCAUAGACAUAACCAUCACUAGUUCAGCGCUGGUGUCACUGUCAACUAGGGUCUGCAUCAUUGUGGAACCAGGGAUUUGAAACGUUAAAAACAUAAUAAUAGCACAGAAUUGAGAAGUUUCAGAUGCUAAGAACGAUGUUUCCUCUUUUGUGUAAACAAAAUUUUUCAUAUUAUGGGCAUACUAAUAUUUUUAUUUUUGUUCAACUUCAUCUCUAGCCUCACCAUUAGAGAGCUCCUUUUGAGUUUGCUUGUUAUGGGGUUCUGAAAAUCAGAAAGUCUACAUCCUCGUGCCAGCAGGGGAAAAAAAUCUGACAGAAAAAAAACAAUGAGAAAUUCCACACAAGACCCGUUCAGACUCACCGAUGCACCUCACCCAUAUAAUUGCGCUCGCGAGUCGUGACUCGUCAACAGCAGCGACGAGUUGGGGAGCAGAGAAGACUCAGAAGAGGCAGUGCGCGCACGGCAGGAAGCGGCCAUGGCGCUGUGGACAGUGCUCGGACAGGCCUCGAACGUGGCGCAGCUGGUCGGCGUGGACGCCCUCGGGCUGGUGUCCAUGGUCGUGCAGGCCGCGCUGGCGGCGCGCCGCCACCGGGACGCAUGCCGAAGGCUGGCGCAGCAUGUAGAGCUCGUCGGCGGCCUGCUCCAGGAGCUGGAGCUCGCCGAGCUGAUGCGCCGGGAGGCCACGCGGCGGCCGCUGGAGCAGCUAAGCGGCGCGCUGCGGCGGUGCUACGCGCUCGUCACGGCGUGCCAGAACGGCGGCGGCGGGUACCUCGGCCGCCUGUUCUGGGGAACCCGGAUGGUUGAAGAGCUCCGCGCCGCGGAGCAAGAGAUCGACAUGUUCAUCCGCCUCGUCCCGCUCAUCGCGCUGGUCGACACUACUCUUGAUCAUCGGGCAAAGGUACGCGUGUUUCGGAUUGCUGAUCGAUCACCACAAGAAAUUUUGGUGAUCUCACAUAGUCACAUGUAUGUGCUGGUCAAUCCUGCUCUAUCAAUAGUAUUUUUUUUACUGUCGUUAUCCUUGUCUGGCAGUCUACGGAGGGUGUGCCAAGUGUGGAGUGUGGUUGCAAGCUGUUCAAAUUCUGACACAAGGAUUCCAAGAGAAGCUGUGGUGCCCAAGCAAAUAGUCUCACAAGGAGCCACCGCUGUACCUCGUAAAGUUGGGGAGCAACUAUUAGGAGGGAUAGUGGAAUUACAAGAUCAGAAACACAUGGAUGCGGAUGAGCUGGUGGAGCUUUGUACUCGUACAGAAGUGAGCUGCCCAGGAUUCAAAAAGUUUGAUUUCUUUGAGAUUGUGGAUGGCACAGAUGAUUUUUCAGCGAAAAGAAUAGUUGGAAGGGGUGGAUUCGGUACAGUUUACAAGGGCCAGUUAACUACUGGAGUCAUGGUUGCCAUCAAAAGAUUGGAUGAAAAUGCAACAGUAUUUGAUUUCAACAGUGAAUUGCAACUCGCGAGUCUUCAGCAUAUCAAUCUAAUUAGGUUACUGGGAUGGUGCGUACAUGGAAAAGAAAGGCUUCUAGUGUACGAGUUCAUGCAUAAUGGCAGCUUGGACCGUAUCAUCUUUGAGAAAACAAAGGCGGCAUUGCUAAACUGGCAUAAGAGGCUGCAGAUAAUUAAAGGGUUAGCUGAGGGGCUUGUUUACAUGCACAAGCACUCGCUUUUAUGGAUCAUACAUGGGGAUUUGAAACCAAAUAACGUCCUCCUAGAUCAAGACAUGAAUCCAAAGAUUGCUGAUUUUGGAUCAGCUAGAACACUGAGCUCAGAUCUAGAAGAAGGGCGCACAAUUAGGAUUGUGGGAACUAGUGGUUACAUAGCUCCAGAGUAUGCAUCUCGUGGCCUUUAUUCAGUCAAGAUAGACGUAUUUGGCUUUGGGGUGUUAGCUCUUGUGAUCAUUAGUGGGAGAAAGAAUAUCAUACUAGAGGAGCAAGGAGACACUGUUGGCAACCUCGUGCGAGAUGCAUGGCAGCUAUGGAGUGAUGAAAGGCUACAUGAGCUUGUCGACCCAUUGUUGCGUGACGGGCACGAAAUUUAUGAGAUGGUGAGAUUUGUUCAGGUGGCACUGCUAUGUGUUCAGGAAGAUCCGGUGGACCGUCCCACCAUGUCAGAUGUUAUUGCAUUUCUGAACUUUGAAAGCACAAGUUUGUUACCUGAUCCUAAACCGCCAUCAGAGCUGAUUAACAGAGAUGCUACAGAUUUCAACUUAUCUGCAUAUGUUGGUCAAUUAAAUAGGACAGUAGCCAUAACCAUCACGGGUUCAGCUCCUUUGUCAACUAGAGUUCGCAUCAUUGUAGACCCAGAGACAUAAUGUGAUUUUAUUUCACAUGCCGAUGCACCAUAAGUCUGUUGUUCCCUGUGUAUUUAACCUUAAUAAAUAUUCACUUUCUAUUUUGCAUCUAUGCAUGCUUCGAGUUGCGUAUACUCUUCUCA